AUGACCAAUAACUUCCUCACGACGAUAAAGAGCCUGAAGCUGAUCGAGGGUUGCAAGGCCGCUCAAUUAUACGCCUUAAGCUCCGUCGGAGCCUCCACGUCCGGCUCGGCGGAUGCCGGCGGGAGCAGCAUCGGCAAGCCCCAUACCCCGCCUCCUCCAAAGACCAUAUCGAUGCGGUCCGGAUCGCUCUACUACCCGCACGCGGCGCCGUCCACGUCGGGGGCCUUCGUGCCAGAGCCGCACCUGCCGUGCGGCCUCCCGGUGGCCGACGCGCUGGAGCCGGCCCUGGACGCGUGCCUGCGACCCGUCGACCACGUCGGUGCGCUCGCCGCGUCGUACCGGAGGGUGUCGGCCGCCACGGCGGGGCCCGACGACGACCUCUGCGACGCGUACCUGGAGCAGCACGCGCUGUUCCAGUCGAUCGGCGACGCGCGGCUGAUCCGGCGGGCGCUGCGGGCUGCGCGCGUCCACGCGGACAACCCACACCGGCGCGCUGUGCUCGCAGCGUGGCUCCGGUACGAGCGCCGCGAGGACGAGCUCGACCCGACGCCGCCUCCGCUCGCGCCCUGCACCGCGACGACACCGCUGCUCGAGUGCCCCCGCGCCGCGGUCUUCGCCAGCGUGUCCCACAGCGUGGACCCACUCUGCCCGUGCCGCCGCCCGCCGCCUCCUCCCAUCACCCCUCCACCGCACCGCCUCAGGCGCAACACGUCGGGCGCCGCCUCCGAGAUGAGCGAGGAGGAGGAGCCGGAGACCAAUGACCUGUGGUUCAUCAUCGGCGAGGAGGAGGUGGCGUGCGAGCGCUCGUGCAUUGCGGCGCUCUCAAAGCCGCUCAACACGCUCCUCUACGGCGGGUUCGCCGAGGCGCACCGCGACCGGAUCGACUUCUCCCGCGACGGCAUCACGCCGCGCGGCAUGCGCGCGGUCUCCGCCUACAGCCGCCACGGCCGCGUGGACGACUUCCCGCCCGACAUCAUCUCCCAGCUCCUCGCAUUCGCCAACAAGUUCUGCUGCGAGGGCCUGAAGGCAGCCUGCGACAACCAGCUCGCAGCCAUGGUGCGGGGCCUCGACAACGCCCGAUCCCUCAUCGACAUCGGCCUCGAGGAGGCCUCCCACCUCCUCGUCGCCUCCUGCCUCCAGGCGUUCCUGCGGGAGCUCCCCAAGUCGCUCACCUACCCGGACAUCGCGCGCCUGCUGUGCAGCCCAGAGGGGCGAGAGCGCCUUGACAUUUCCGGUAACGCGUCCUUCGCGCUCUACUACUUCCUCUCUUACGUCGCCAUGGAGCAGGACAUGAGAUCGAACACCACGGUGAUGCUGUUGGAGAGGCUGAAUGAAUUCGCGGAGCAGCCAUGGCAGAAGCAGCUGGCGCUGCACCAGCUCGGGUGCGUGAUGCUGCAGCGCGGCGAGUUUGAGGAGGCGCAGGAGUGGUUUGAGGCCGCCGUUGCCGAGGGCCAUGUCUACUCGCUGGCUGGAGAGGCACGUGCCAAGUACAAGCGCGGGCACAAGUACGCUGCGUACAAGCUAAUGAAUAGUGUCGUCGGCGACUACGAAGAACCCGCCGGGUGGAUGUACCAAGAGCGCUCCCUGUACUGUGUCGGCAAGGAGAAACUGGCUGAUCUGCAGGCGACGACGGAGCUGGACCCGACGAUGACAUUCCCGUACAAAUAUCGUGCCUGCGCGUUGUUAGAGGAGGACAAUUCUGAGUCCGCGAUCGCAGAGAUCAGCAAGGUCGUCGGUUUCAAGAUGGCGACCGAUUGCCUGGAGCUCCGGGCGUGGUUCUACCUUGCGCUUGAGCAAUGCGAGUUGGCUGUGCAGGAUGUCAGGGCGAUAUUGACGUUGGAUCCAACUUACAUGAUGUUCCAUGGGAGAAUGCACGGGGAACAGCUGAUUGAGCUCCUCCGAGGACAGGUGCGGCAGUGGGAUAUGGCAGAUUGCUGGAUGGAGCUGUACGACCGGUGGUCGGCGGUGGAUGACAUCGGCUCUCUGGCGGUUGUCCAGCAGAUGCUCGCCAGGGAACCCGGAAACAGCAGCUUGCGGUUUCGACAGUCACUUCUCCUGCUAAGGCUAAAUUGUCAGAAAGCUGCCAUGCGUAGUUUGCGAUAUGCUCGGAACAGUUCACUCCAUGAGCAUGAGAGGCUUGUAUAUGAAGGUUGGAUUCUGUAUGACAGUGGACAUCGGGACGAAGCAUUAGCCAAGGCUGAGCAGUCGAUUGGACUUCAAAGAUCAUUCGAAGCCUUCUUCCUCAAGGCGUAUGCUUUAGGAGAUUCUAGCCUUGACACAGAAUCUUCGCUCUCCGUUGUACAGCUUCUGGAACAUGCUAACAGUUGUGCUUCUGACAACCUUCGGAAGGGGCAAGCAUACAACAACAUGGGGAGCAUCUACGUGGACUGUGACAUGCUGGAUGAGGCUGCCGAGUGCUACGGCAUAGCACUGAACAUAAAGCACACACGGGCGCAUCAGGGUCUAGCUCGAGUCCAUUACUUGAAAAAUAGGAAAAAGGUUGCUUAUGAGGAGAUGACAAAGCUCGUGCAGAUAGCUACCAACAGCGCGUCGGCGUAUGAAAAACGGUCAGAAUAUGGCGAGCGCGACGCUGCGAGGAGCGACCUGAACACAGCGACGCUUCUUGAUCCUACAAGGACUUAUCCUUACAGAUACAGAGCAGCUGUUUUGAUGGACGAGGGCAAGGAAGAGGAGGCGAUCGCGGAGCUGUCAGGAGCCGUAGCUUUCAAGCCGGACCUCCAGCUGCUCCACCUCCGCGCGGCCUUCUUCGACUCCAUGGGCGACAGCGAGAGCGCCCUGCGGGACUGCGAGGCCGCGCUGUGCCUGGACCCAACCCACGGCGACACCCUGGAGCUGUACAGCAAAGCCUCCACCAAGGCCGACGAACCCCAGAGCUAG